GGAUUAAGCAAGAUGGUUUACAGAAUGUCUGGUUCAAUGCAUACAGCAGAGGAAUGUCCUGAUGACAUUGCAGUUACUGAUGACUCCAUAGAAGAAGCAGAAAGAGGUUUAUGAAUUCAUGAUCCUGACUUCCUUGAACCACCACACUGCAGGAUGAGAACUGGGGAUGCAGUGACCUAUGAGGAUGUGCAUGUGAACUUCACUCAUGAAGAGUGGGCUUUGCUGGAUCCUUCCCAGAAGAGUCUCUACAAAGAUGUGAUGCUGGAAACCUACUGGAACCUCACUGCUGUAGGGUACAAAUGGGAAGAACAGAAUAUUGAAGACCAUUCUCAAAAUUCUAGAAGACAUAGAAGGUAA